GAAAACAAAGAAUAACAUUGUUGUUCGCUAGCGUAAAGAUUCAAAACAUAAAUAAUGGACAAGAAGCAUAAAAAGCACAAGUCUGAAAAAUAUGAAGGAAAGACCCAAGUGCGUUUUUCUCGUUCCCUGUGACUGACCUUAUCGCUCCUGGCUACUCCACGAUCAUCAAACGUCCCAUGGACUUCGGUGCAAUGAAGGAGAAAGUCAAGAAUGAGUAUUACCAGUCACUAGAGGAGCUUAAGGAGGACUUCAGGAUCAUGUGUGAGAAUGCUAUGAUCUACAACAAGCCAGAGACUAUUUACCACAAAGCUGCCAGGAAGUUGCUCCACUCUGGCAUGAAGAUUCUCCGCCCGGAGAGGCUUGAGAGCCUGAGGCAGAGUAUUGAGUUCAUGGCUGACCUAGAGAACCCAGCCAACCAGUCAAGUAAGACUGGAGAGGUGGGGAACUCAAGCAUGGACCAGUGUAAAGACGGCCCCAGCCCCGCAGAUCCUAGCGAGACUACCCAGUCUGCACCAAACACUCCCAGGAAAGACAACGACUCCAAAGACAAAGUGUCGAAGGUCGUCAGUCAGGCAGAGAAGGAGCUUGAGGAGAUCCGCAAGCUCAUUGACGAUUCAGGAGGCAAACUGUCCAACAGAGGGCUGGAGAGUGAGCUGGACUUUGAGAGGAGAAAGUCUGAUGGUUCCACCACACUGGCAAUCCUGAGGCCAGUCGACCUUGUGGCUGGAGAUGUGGGCUACUGCCCUGUCAAGCUGGGCAUGAUGUCCAACCGGCUGCAGAGUGGCAUCAACACCCUGCAGGGCUUUAAGGAGGACAAGAGGAACAUGGUCACACCAGUAUUGUACAUGAACUAUGGUCCGUACACCUCCUACGCGCCCGCCUACGACUCGAGCUUCGCCAACAUCGGGAAAGAGGACACUGACCUGAUCUACUCCUUCUAUGGAGAGGAAGCCAGGCUCCAGGGAUCUGAGAGCCUCUCGGAGUUCCUGUCCAAAUCGGAGGAGCACAUGUACAAACUGGCAGACAACCUCCUGGACGCGUUGACUAACGGGGAGCACUCCAAAACCCUGAGAGAGACCCGUCCAGAUGAGCAAGGGCCAACAGAAUCCUCUGAGACUGGAGACAAGGACAUGGAGGUGGUUGAACCCGAAGCCAGCAAGCAGGCUGUAAGCAGGCUAGCCUCCCUGGGCUCUGUGAUCGGCUUGGACUUCCAGAACCCACCUGACCUCCUCUCUGAGGAGGCCCAACAUUUCCAGAAGAAGUUGGAUGAGACUACAAAGCUCCUCUGCGAGCUACAGGAAGCGCAGAGGGAACGCUUGAGUGUCAAGCAGCCCCUUAACAUCUGCCUGCUCGCCCCAACCACCAAGGAGCUGCAGCUGGCGGAGAAGGUGACUGGUAACCUGGCCCAACUGACCAGUCAGGUGGCUCCAGGAGAUGUGAGCAGUGUGUACGGGAUCAGGAGGGCCAUGGGCAUCGCUAUACCCCUAGAGGCAGAUGAACCACUCAUAGACCUCACCACAAAUUCCAGUGGAUGCUGAGCCGAUGGACACCGUGCCUGAAGUUCAGCAGAUUCCAGUCAUCGCAGUAUAAUGGAAUUUCACAGCAACCAUCCUCCUGAUAACAUUUGUAGUGUACAAAAAAGGUUCUUUGUUUGCAUUUAUUUUAAUAAACCUUUUAUAUUAAGCCA